AUGAUCGCCUUCUCAAGAAUCUCAGCUAUCAGAAACUGCUGCUUCAGGUCGAUCCAAAGGGCUUCACCUUUUCAUAGUUCUGUCCCCGCAGUGGAUCCGUUGAUUUCGCUUCUCAACCUUCUUGAGCUCUCUAUUGAAACCCACUCCCUCAAACUCAUCCAGCAAUCUCACGCGAGAGCUCAGCGGUUGGGCCUGGCGCAGCACCCUCUUAUAGCCCAGAAGCUCAUCUUCUCAUGCUGUCAGUUUAAACGCCCGUUUGACGCGCGGCUCGUUUUCGAUUCGCUCUUGGUUAAGAACACGCAUAUUUGUAAUACUCUGCUAAGUGGGUAUGGGAAAAAUGAGCUUUUUGUGGAAAGUUUGGAGCUUUUCCGAGAUAUGGCUGGUAGUUCCAUUUUGCCGUUGCCGGAUGAUUUCACUUUUUCGCUGAUAUUUAAGAUCAUAGGGGAUAGUGGGGAAGUUUUGCUUGGGAAAUUGGUACAUGCGAGGAGUGUAAGAAAUGCAUUGGUGUUAGAUACUGUGGUGGGAAACUCCUUGAUGUCUAUGUACGGUAGAUAUGGGUGCUUUGAUGAUUCUUUGAAAGUGUUUGAUGAAAUGCCUCUAAGAAAUGUGUCCUCGUGGAAUGCCUUGAUUUCAGGUUACGGGAAGGUGAAUAUGGAAGAUAGGGAUGAUUCUUUCCUUAAGUACAAAUUGUGGGACUUCGUGAAGGGAAUGCAAAAUGAAGGCUUGAGAUUUGAUGCAUUCACAGUCUCUACUCUCCUUUCAUUGUGUGGUGGAGGUGCUAUAAAUGAUGAAUCCCGCAAAAAAUGUGGUCAUGGAAGGGAGUUACACUCUUACAUCGUGAGGAACGGAUUGGAUUCGAGUUUAGGUUUGGAGAGUGAUGUUCACCUGGGAUGUUGUUUGAUUGAUAUGUACUCAAAGAGUGGUAAAGUUGAUUUAGGAAGAAGGGUAUUUGAUAGUUUAAAACGGAAGAACGUCUUUACUUGGACUGCGAUGAUUAAUGGCUAUGUGCAUUGCGCGAAGUUUGAUGAAGCCUUGUUCCUUUUUCGUGAAAUGCAAUGGAGAAAUGGGGUGGCCCCCAAUAAGGUGUCACUUGUUGCUAUUUUGCCUGCUUGUUGUUCAUUUGCUAGUUUGAUGGGUGGGAAGCAGAUUCAUGGUUUUGCAGUUAGGAGGGAGUUAAAUUACGAACUCUCUCUGUGUAAUGCUUUAAUUGAUAUGUAUUCCAAAUGUGGAAGUUUGAAUUAUGCAAACCGAGUGUUCGAAUAUGAAUGUAUCAAUAAGGAUGCCAUUUCUUGGAGCUCAAUUAUUUCUGCAUAUGGUUUACAUGGCCAGGGUCAAACUGCAGUCAUUUUGUUUGAUAAGAUGCUGCAGAAUGGAGUGAAACCAGACACGACUAUUGUUGUGGGGAUUCUUUCUGCGUGUUGUAGAUCAGGAUUGACUAACGAUGGAAUGCGAAUAUAUGAUUCUGUUGUGAAUGAUUAUAACAUCAAACCUACAGUGGAGAUGUGUGCUUGCAUGGUUGAUUUGUUUGGUAGAUCAGGCCAGCUUGAUCGAGCACUGAAUUUUAUUAAGAGCAUGCCUGUUGAACCAGGUCCCAGCGUUUGGGGUGCACUUUUGUCUGCUUCGGAACUCCAUGGGAAUUCUGAAAUGCAAGAUUUGGCUUACAAGACCCUCAUCAAGAUGGAACCAGACAACUCCUCGAAUUAUAUCUCACUUUCUAAUCUAUAUGCUGCUUCGAAGAGGUGGGACGCUGUAGCUGAGGUUAGGAAGGUUAUGAGAGAAAGAGGGUUGAGGAAGAUGCCAGGAUGUAGUUGGAUCAGCAUAAAUAGCACCACUCACAGUUUUUUUGUUGCUGACAAGUCGCAUCCUCGCUCUGAGUUAAUUUAUGUAAUGCUAGAUGAAUUAGUUUCUGCAAUGAAGUUAACUUCUUAUGAUACUGAUUCUGUGUAUUCGAUGGAGGUGUCAGAACAAUAA